CUAACCUGUCGGCUGGGGGAGCAUGUGGAUCCUCCGCAAACAAGGUGCCAUGAUAGGCUGAAGCUUGCUCCUUAGCUGAAGUGGGGAGCGACCUCUGGGAGAACAUUAUAAAAGGAGCGGAAAAGCUCUCAAAUUUCGUGUCCUACAGCAAUUUCUCAAUCUUUAAACGCACAAUCUUACCAUCUAACUUCACAAUCAUGGGCUGGUUUGACGGAAGUUCUCAAGAGGAUGCCUAUAACACGGUGUCCGGCAAUGACAAUUAUGGCCAGGAACACGAGCCCUCGAAGGUGCACGAGCUGAUUGCUGGUGCAGCAGCUUACGAGGCUGCCAAGGCUUACGAAAAUCACGUAAGCGAAAAUGGCCAACCACCUAGUCAUGAGAAGGCGAAGGAAAUUCUUGCUGGCUUCGCUGGAGCAUUCAUUGAUCGCGAGGCGGAAACCAAGGGCCUUGACUUUAUUGACAGAGAGAAGGCCAAGUACGACGCAAGGCGACAGGCUGAACAAGCUCUUGCCGAUAACAACGAUCAAGGCUGGUAGAACGAUGACCGUGUUGCCAACGGCAUUGUUGGAGGCAAUAUCGGAGGCAUUUUGUCCUACCUGUCUGGGUACGCCUAGUCUAAGUCAAGUAUGAUGUCAUGAAAUUCCUAAAACGAGAAAAAAUGAGAUACUCUUCUGUCCAUGUCUCAAAAAUGCUCUCUCUCUCUCGUGCCCAAAGCUUGCAAUUCGAUCGUAACAAUACUGAAGGGACCAAAUAGCAUUCAGUGGUGAUUGUCAAGUCACUACCCAUGUUGAGAUGCUUUUCAAAGUUUGGACUAGCCCCCGCGUUCACUCAAGCUUAAGAGAUCUGAAUGAACUAAGAUUGUCCAUAAACUAUGAACAUCACCGCGGCUUAAAAAGUAGCCCCUUCAUUUGACUUAGAUUGAACAGCGUCGACACACACAUAAUAUUUCAAAUAGUCAUAAGUACAUUCAGGAUAUUAGUCUGAAAUAAAGCCAAAC